UCAGUUGGAAGUCGGCAGAUUGAAAAAUAAUUUCCAUUUCUGCUGUUUCCUAUAAAAAGCUUCAUCAUUCUUCAGCUUGUUAUCAGUUAUCAGUCUAAACUUAAAUCCUAUCAACAUCAAUAACAAUAAUAACUAGUGAAUUUUUUUGUGGUGAAAAACAAGAAAAUGAAAAUCUUUGUAGGAAUUUUCAUAAUCAUUGCGGCUUCAAUAGUUGCUCAAGCAGCUAAAAAAGAUUGGUGGGAAAGAGGAAACUUUUAUCAAAUUUAUCCGAGAAGCUUUAAGGAUUCUGAUGGAGACGGGAUCGGUGAUAUCAAAGGAAUCGCUUCCAUGAUGCCCUAUUUGAAGGAACUUGGAAUGGAUGGUGUUUGGUUGUCUCCGAUAUUUAAAUCACCUAUGAUCGAUUUCGGCUAUGACAUUAGCAACUACACAGACAUUCACUGGGAAUAUGGAACUCUAGCUGAUGUUGAUAAUUUAAUUAAAGUUUGCAAACGUUUGGGCAUCAAGCUCAUUCUCGAUUUUGUUCCAAAUCACACAUCAAAUCAACAUCCAUGGUUUUUAAAGUCAGAAGCUAAUGAUCCAUACUACAAAGACUUCUAUGUCUGGUCUCCAGGCAAAAUUAACAAUGAAACAGGAGAAAGAGAACCACCAAGCAAUUGGAACAGUUUGUUUAGAUUUACAGCAUGGCAAUGGAGUGAAAAGAGACAGGAAUAUUAUCUUCAUCAGUGUCUUAUUGAGCAGCCUGAUUUGAACUACAGAAAUCCAAAUGUUGUCAAGGAAAUGAAGAAUGUCUUGCUAUUCUGGCUUGAUAGAGGAAUCGACGGCGUUAGAGUUGAUGCCAUACCUUACAUAUUUGAGACACAAUACGAAAAUGGAACUUUCCCCGAUGAACCAGUGAGUGGAUUGUGUACCGAUGUUGAGGGUACCUGCUACCAUAACCACAUCCAUACUAAGGACUUGGUAGAGACUUACAAUCUUGUCUAUGAUUGGCAUGAUUUAUUUGUGAGUUAUACAAAGGAACAUGGCGGUGAUACAAGAAUUAUAAUGACAGAAGCUUACACAACUCUGGAAAAGACUCUUGACUUUUAUGGCAAUCCAUUUGGUCGUGUUGGUAGUCAGGUUCCAUUUAAUUUUGAGAUGAUUAACUAUAUCAAUGUGAACAGCACCCCAGCUGAUUAUAAGACACAAAUUGAUGCUUGGAUUAAUAAUAUGCCUAAGAGUUCUGAAUUCGUUCCUAACUGGGUUGUUGGUAAUCACGAUCAGCAUCGCGUUGUUAAUAGAUUUGGAAUCAAUCGUGGUGAUGCCAUCAAUAUGAUGGUUCAGAUGUUGCCAGGAAUUGCUGUAACAUAUUAUGGAGAUGAAAUUGUGAUGGAUGAUUUAUGGAUAUCAUUUAAUGACACUGUAGAUCAAUUGGCAAUCAACAUGGGACCUGACAACUACUGGGCUGUUGAUCGUGAUCCAGCUCGUACUCCAAUGCAAUGGGAUAAAACAGCCAUGGCUGGAUUCUCAACAUCAAAAAAGACAUGGCUUCCAGUUAAUCCAAAUUAUCUACAAGGCGUUAAUGUUAAGGAUGAAAGAAAUAAACUUGGAAGUCAUUUGAAUGUUUUCAAGAAGCUUGUUCGUAUGAGGAAGAACAGGAAAGUCUUACAAGAUGGUUCAACUGUCACUAUUGCUGACAACAAUCUUUUGAUCAUCAAACGUGAAAUUGAUAAUACACAAUUAUUUGUAGCUCUUAAUUUCGGCAAACAAGAUCAAGACUUUGUUGUCAACGACUAUUUUGUUCCAUUGAAAAAGCUGUAUACAGCAAGUGUUGUUUCUGAUAACUCUAAUAUUCGUCAGGGUCGCUUCUUCCGAUCUACUGACAAGGUUAAAGUUCCUAAAGAUGCUGGUGUCGUUCUUGAAUAGACUUUUACUGUAGCACUGUGGCUGAAUAUGAUAAAAUGAUUGUUAAUAUACGAAAUACUUAAAAAAAAUGCUGGUUUAUCCUAAUAAGCAACUAUCCUUAAUAUUUCUUAUCUGUUGGUUGUCAAUAUGUACAAUUUAAUAAUCUGUAGUAAUGGUUUGAUUUGCAAGAAUAUUCUAAAGCACAAUUUACACAGAACAGUCAACCUGAAACUUAGUAUCAUUGCCUAACCCAAGAAUAUUCUUCGCAAUCUUCCUUAUUCUUACAAAAUCUCCAGAUACACAUUAUCCUUAAUAUCAAAUCAAAUUUAUUUAUCAAUCUCUCACUUUCUACUUUUCCUUCAAUUUACAUCCUUAAUCUAUUUACCC